UCUGCAGAAAAACAGUGAAAACGUCUCAUGAUCAUGUUUCAUUUAAAAUAGUAAAUAACCAGACCUUAUUUUUUAGCUACAGACGGAACCAACCGGGGGUAUCUGGACCGCAUCCCGACAAAGGAACGUGUGAAUUUCGGUUUGUGCUCUCAUGGCAGCUUCCUUACCUCAGAAGCCGGGGAUGGCGGGGAUGCCCUCCCAGCAGCAGCCUCACCUGCCGCCAGGUGCAGCCUCAGCCGCCGGCCAGCAGCCCGUCCCUCCUCAGGGCGCCCUGAGAGAGAUCUCGCCGGUGUUCCUCUGCAGGAUCGGACAGGAGACGGUUCAGGACAUCGUGACCCGAACCAUGGAGAUCUUCCAGAUCACACGAGCCACGCAGCUUCCUAACGGCGUGACCCAGAGCCAGGCCAUGUACCAGGACCGCUUCGGGAAGCUGCAGGAACACCUCCGGCAGCUCGCCCUGCUCUUCAGAAAGCUGCGGCUGCUGUACGAGCGCUGUGUGGAGAUGACGUCCGACCUGCAGGAGGGCCCGACGGAGCUGGUGCCGUACGUCGGAGAGGAGCUGGUUUCUGUCCGAGUGGAGCCCUGCAGUUCUGCUGUCAACCAGGAGAGAAAGGAGGUUCUGGAGAAGGUGCGCCAGAAGAACCAGGAGAUGAAGGUUCUGAUGGACCAGAUGAGGAACCUGCUGUGGGACGUCAACGCCAUGCUGACGCUCAGGAAGUGAUUCCUCCGUAGGAGAAAGAAGAAGAAAGGGAACUCCUGUCGGCUCUGGGACCUUCUCACUGAAACCCGUUGGCACCUUUGUCACCUCGGCUGUUUGUUCUGUGUUUAGUGAAAAUGUGGAGGCAGGAACUGUUGGACAAAAGAAAGGCUGGUCUUGUGUCAGCCCGAUCCGUUUCCGAGGAUCGCUCUGUGUUCGUACCAGGCAGCUGACGGGUUUGUGUUUGCCAAGUGCUCGACAACCGUUUUGUAACCGUGUUUAUUCAGAUGAGUUAUAGACUCCUGUUACUGUUUAAAUAAUCGCCUCAGGUGAAGAAUAACAACAGAGGACUUCUUAGAGCGCCGUGUUCACGGUGCUGACUCGACACCAGACAGACUUGAAUUCAUUGCAGGUAAUUCUUCCAGAGCGCAGGACGACCGUGUUUACAAUGAGAACGUUCGGCCGCUUUGUGCUCCGCCGGCUGUUGAACACUCCCAGUUCAGAAUUCAGAUGAGCCCCUUGGCAGCUACGUAUCUCAGGUGCUUUGUACAUAAGUGUGUCUGUGCAUGUGCUUAAUGAGAUUAGCUUUCUGAGACAUCACACCUGUUUACCCCGAGGGCGUCGACGCUCGCUCGCCUGUGAAUUUAUUUUUGUAAUCUGUGGGACAAGAGCGAGACCUGCCGGGUUGUUUUCUGUUUUGUAUACAAUAAACGUCUCUUUUUUUUCUACA